UUUCUGAAUUUGGUCGGGACCAGGCUCACGCCUGACGGCGUAGAGAGUUGGUCUUUGGCUAAGGAAGGUUUUGCAGCCGGAAAGGUCCCGAAGCACACAUGGGGCUGGGUCUGCGCUCUCCCCACAAGGUGCGGCGCCGGUUCCCAGCUGGUGGCAAACGGGGGCGCGGGGCCAAGGGGUCGGGGCGCCCCUCACCAGGCCGCGAGCGACAACCUCCGGAUGGGCGCUCGGAGCCGUCUUUAGAUUCGCACCCUCACCUGAGUUCCGAAGCUCUGGGGUAUUUCCGCCGGGCGCUAUCCGCGCUGAAAGAGUCUCCCACGACUGGGGAAGAACGAGAACUGAUGGUGCACAAUAUUUUGAAGGAAGUGGAGGCUCAGGCCUUAGCCUUGUCCACGAAUAGAACUGGCAGUGAGAUGCUGCAGGAAAUGUUGGGGUUCAGUCCCUUGAAACCGUUCUGUCGAGUAUGGGCUGCUUUGCGCUCCAACUUGCGCUUUGUGGCCUGUCACCGGUGUGGGGUCCAUGUAUUACAAAGUGCUUUGCUGCAGCUGCCUCGAUUGCUGGGGAGUCCUGCAGAAGAGGAGGAAGUGGAGGAUGGGAAGGAUGGUCCCAUGGAGACCCUGCAGGAGCUUGUCCUGGGACUAGCUGCUGAGGUGUGUGAUGAUUUUCUUUUCUACUGUGGAGACACACAUGGCAGCUUCGUGGUCAGAACUCUGCUGCAGGUGUUAGGAGGGACUAUCCUGGAGUCUGAGAGAGCCAGGCCCCAUGGCUCCCAAUUAUCUGAAGCACAAAGGGCCCCAGCUCGGGAAUGUAAACCAACUGAUUUUGAGGUCCCUGAAACCUUCUUGAAUUGCCUUCAGGACCUGAGCUCCUGCUUUCUGAAGGACAUUGCUGUGUUUAUCACCGACAAGAUCUCCAGCUUCUGCCUUCAAGUGGCCUUACAGAUUUUACACCGCAGAUGGCCCCAGUUUUGUGCCCAUCUCUGCAAUGCUGUGAUUGACUAUCUGAGUACUCGUAAUUCCUCAGCAGAUGGCAGUCCCCUACUGCUAUUUCUGCGGGAUCAGACGAGCUCCAGACUCCUAGAGCAGGUGCUGCUGGUGUUGGAGCCCCCAAGGCUCCAGAGCCUCUUUGAGGAUCACUUCCAGGGCCAGCUGCAGACCCUGGCUGCACAUCCCAUUGCCAACUUCCCUUUGCAGCGCUUACUAGAUGCGAUCACUACCCCUGAGCUGCUGUCCCCUGUGUUUGAGGAGUUGAGCCCCGCCCUGGAAGCUGUCUUGGCGCAGGGCCACCCAGGGGUAGUUGUUGCCCUGGUGGGGGCCUGCCGCAGAGUUGGGGCCCACCAAGCCCAGGUCCUGCAGCUGCUGUUGGAGGCAUUCCACUGUGCAGAGCCUUCAUCCCGGCAAGUGGCCUGUGUACCUCUCUUUGCCACUUUGAUGGCUUAUGAGGUGUACUAUGGACUGAUGGAGGAGGAGGGGGCAGUGCCUGCGGAGCACCAGGUGGAAGUGGCCACAGCUAGGGCCCUGGAGGAAGUGACAGUCCUCGGGUCUCUACUGCUCCAGCAUCUGCUGCACUUCUCCACUCCUGGUCUUGUACUUCGAAGCCUGGGUGCCUUGACAGGACCACAACUUCUGGCUCUGGCCCAAAGCCCUGCUGGCUCCCAUGUGCUGGAUGCCAUCUUGACCAGUCCCUCUGUGACACGAAAACAGCGCCGCCGUGUGCUGCAGACCCUAAAGGGACAGUAUGUGGCUCUGGCCUGUAGUCGCCAUGGCAGCCGAGUGCUAGAUGCCAUCUGGAAUGCAGCAGCCUUGGGGGCCCGGAAGGAAAUUGCUACUGAGCUGGGGGAGCAGAACCAGGAGCUGAUAAGAGACCCUUUUGGCCACCAUGUGGCUCGAAAUGUGGCACUGACUACUUUCCUGAAGCGACGAGAGGCUUGGGAACAGCAGCAGGGUGUGGUGGCUAAGCGGAGGCGGGCAUUGAACUCCAUACUUGAAGGCUGAGGCCUUUGGAUCUGGAAUUGGUAGUUGAUGGGAGAGGGUGAAAAGAGGAGCAUCCCAUUUCUUUCCCGGUUUAAAUUGGAUUCAAAAGUCUUAUUGGUAAACAUUUUUAUAUUUUUA